AUGGAAGCAACGAACGGCACUGUGGCAGCUUCAGAGGAAGGAAACGAUAAAAAAGAGUGGACUACUAUUCUCGCGUUCCAAAGCGUCUUCUUGUUCGCAGUCGCGGCGGUGCUCGAAAUCUUAGGCGGGUGGCUCGUCUGGCAAUUUGUUCGCGAGAAGAAAUCGAUUUGGUACCUUUUACUCGGGUUCGUUAUUUUAAUGGCAUAUGGCGUAAUCCCUACUUUACAACCGUUGGAGGAUUUCGGCCGAACGUACGCGGUGUACGGAGGGGUGUUUAUCGUUUUUAGUUACGCUUUUGCGCGAAUAGUGGAUGGGUUUAAGUUGGAUUCGGGGUAG